AUGUCAGACCGUACGCAUACAUCAAGAUUAUCGUCUUACAAAAAUGCUGGCAUUGGAACCAAUGAAUUGCGUCGUAAAAGAGCUGAACUAAGCGUUAAUCUAAGAAAACAAGCCAGAGAUGAGCAACUCCUUAAGCGUAGAGCCAUGUCGCCAGAGGCCGGAGAUGUGGUGGAAACUGAGAAGGUCAUGACACCGACUGAAAUCGUUCAAGGCUUGAAGUCCCCUGACCUAGCAGUGAAGACAGCGUCAGCUAAGGCGGCCAGACGUAUACUAUCAAAGGAACAAAAUCCUCCCAUCACUGUGAUGGUCAACGCUGGUGUCAUCAAACCACUGGUGGAUGCCUUGGAUAGGGAUGAAUGUCAAGAUUUGCAGUUUGAAGCGGCAUGGGCUCUAACAAAUAUUGCUUCAGGCACUCACGAACAUACUAUGGCUGUCAUCAAUGGGGGCGCUAUCCCUAAAUUGGUGUCCCUCCUCGGCCGAGGGGGUGUGGUGGGGGAGCAGUGUGCCUGGGCCAUCGGCAACAUAGCUGGUGACGGGGCCAUGCCCCGAGACACCGUGUUGAGCUACGGAGCCCUACCGGCACUGCUGCCUCUGCUGACGCCUAAUACCGCUCCUAGCCAGCUUCGGACUGCUGCCUGGACUUACAGCAACCUUUGCCGAAAUAAAAAUCCGCUAGUGAAGUUUGAACAAGUCGCCCCAGCUUUGCCGUUCGUCUCGGAGCUACUCACUAUUUCUGAUCAAGAUGUACUUGCGGACACAUGCUGGGCCCUCUCUUAUUUGACCGAUGGUCCGAAUGAACGCAUAGAGGAAGUACAAAACACAACGAAUCUAUUACCUCGGCUCAUAAUGCUGUUACAACACAAGUCUCCGGCCGUUCGGACACCAGCUCUGAGAGCUAUUGGGAAUAUGCUUACUGGGUCUGAUGUACAGACUGAUCGUUGCUUAGACGCUGGUUGUUUAGACCACCUAACAACACUGUUACACUGCGGCAAGCCGUCGUUGGUGAAGGAAGCAGCUUGGGCCGUCAGUAACGUACUAGCAGGGACGCAGCAACAAAUACAACAAGCCAUUGAUAAGGGGAUGUUGACUCACCUCGUACACGUGUUGUCUUCUGAUGAUGUCAAAUGUCAAAAGGAAGCAGCAUGGGCGAUCACAAACUUAUGUCUGGGAGGUACACCGAAUCAGCUCGAUGCUCUAAUUACCGCUGGAUUUUUGGAGCCCUACUGUGCUAUCAUGGGUUCUCCCGACCAAAGGGCUGUUACAGUUGUCUUGGAUGGAUUAACGCAUCUGUUGCAAGCUGCAGUUAAGUUUGGCCAAGUUGAACCAUUGUGUAUAAAGUUGGAAGAAAUUGGUGCUUUGGAUAGGAUCGAGGCGUUACAGGAACAUGAAAAUGAACAGAUAUACAAGAAAGCGCUCCACAUACUCGAUACCUAUUUCAUGGACCAAGAUGAUAAAAACACUCAGCCACAGGAAGCCACGGAUAUGUAUCAAUUUGGUGCUAUCGAAGCUGAAGGAAAUAUUAACUUCUAAUAUCUAAUUAAUAUUUCGUUAAAGACUGGUUACUUUUAAUUUUAUGCUAGCUAAUUUUUAUAGAAAAAAAUCAAUAAAUAAAUAACUUUAGAUCUUGUUAGGGAGAUGAUAGCUGGAUAAGAUGAAAAUAUUACAUAUAACAAAGGAAAUUCAUUAAUUCUAAACCUUUAAUUAUAUUGAAAAUAAUGUUAGGGUCAUAUUUGUAGUAAAACUGUAUUUUUUUAACCAAUUUGUCAAAUGUGUUGCCCGAAAUAGUCUAAUUUGUUAAUCCGGCUAUAUUCUUAAUUCGUAAAGUGCCCUUGAUAUUUACUAAACAAAAUUUUCCUUGUAUAUUUAUAAG